ACUGUGGUGCUGAAUUCGUGCAACAGAUACCUCACGCAACGUUGACGCGAACAACGUACGUGCUAGUUAUGGCGUCUGUUUUUAAAAUGCGUAGUUGUUUUUAGGUGAUUUGUUACCGGCUCGUAUUUUAUGGAAUCGUUCAUCUUCAAUUUGUGUGAAUGGAGAAGGCACCGUUGUAGGCACUAUUAGUGAAUUACGAUGACGGGCAGUAACAAAAUAGUGCAGAUUACUAACAUUGCACCCCAGGCAACCAGGGACCAGAUGCACACCCUGUUUGGUUAUCUGGGGAAGAUUGAAGACAUCAGACUCUACCCGACCAUUCGAGAUGUGGCAGUUCCUGUGCAAUCACGUAUAUGUUAUGUCAAAUUCCAUGACCCGGUGUGCGUGGGAGUUGCCCAGCACAUGACAAAUACAGUUUUUAUUGAUAGAGCACUUAUUGUAAUACCAUACACAUCAGGGGAGAUUCCUGAUGAACAACGAGCUCUUGAGAUCACCAACCAGGGAUCCCUCGUGCCAGGGCUACUUCCAGCAGAACCCAAGUUACCUCCUCAUGUAACAAAUCAGCUGGAGGGAAUUCCACCAAACCAGGUUAUUACUACCCACGACCCUCGAUUAGAAGCAAAUGGUCUACCAUUGUACCCACCUUUGCCAGCAACUUUGGAUGGAAGGAGAAUAGAAGAAAUUCGUCGAACUUUGUUGGUGGCAACCAUAGAGAAUUCUAUAACACCACAGCAGCUGAUAGAUUUCUUUGCCUCAGCAGGGGAAGUAAAAUACGUAAGGUUUUGUUCUCGUGAUGGAGAUACUGAAAGAUAUGCGCUAAUAGAGUUUUCAGAUCAGAAUAGUAUUAUUCCAGCACUGCAAAUGAAUGGCCAAGAAUUGAUUGGGAAGACAAUAAAAGUUUACCACUCCACUCAAGGAAUAGUUAAACCUCAAGCAAAGAGUAAUGAAGCAGCUCAGCGGGAAAUUGAAGAGGCCAUGUCAAGAGUCAAGGAAGCUCAGAAUCUUAUCUCAGCAGCUAUUGAUCCUGUAAUUGGGCUUCUGGCCAAAGAGAAAAAGCGGAGCAGGAGCGGAUCUCGUUCCAGAAGGUCGCAUUCUCCUUCCCGGCAUAGGCGCAGAUCUCGUUCCAGAGGUAGGAGGAGUUCACGAACAAGAACACGUUCUAGGUCGCGAUCGAGGCGUCGUCGUUCAAGAAGGACACGUUCAAGGUCGAAGCGUCGUUCACGAUCUAGGUCGCGAGAUCGCAGGAAAAGAUCUCGCAGUCGUCGUCGUAAGAGCAGAUCUCACUCCCGUUCCAAGAGCAGAAAGCGUUCCAAAUCACGAUCACGGAGAUCAAAAUCAAAAUCAAAAUCAAAGUCAUCACAUUCUAAGAGUCAUGAUAAAUCUAAAGACAAAAAGGAUGAUAAGAAGGAUAAAAAGUCUAAAGAUGAUGUAAAGAAGGAAGAAAAAGCUGACAAAGAUGAGAAGAGUGGUGAUAAAGAUACUAAAACUGAACAUCAAAAUGGGAAAGACACUGAUGCUGAUAAAGAUAAACAUUCAUCAAAAAGUAAAAGUAAGGAUAAGGAUAAGGAUAAGGAUAGAAGUAAGGAGAAGAUUUCUAAAGAAAAAUCAAAGUCUUCACGUGCCAAGUCAUCAUCCAGAUCACCAUCAAAGUCUCGUCGUAGAUCAUCUUCUCGGCAUGGUAGUCGUUCUUCGUCAAAGAGGAAAAGCAGGUCACCAUCAAGAAAGAAAAGUCCUUCGCAUAGCCAUAGAAGUGCAUCUAGGUCAAGGAAGAAAAGUAAAUCACCUCGCAACAAGUCUUCACCAUCUCGCAAAAGGUCAAGGAGCAGUUCUAAGUCACGUAAACGAGAAAGUGAAAAGAAGAAAGAGAAGAGUUAUGAAUCAGAAAAAAAGGAUAAAGAUAGGGAUAGGGAUAGUGGUGACAAGGAAAAGAAGAAGAAAGAGAAGAAAGAAGUGGACAGUAAAAGUUCAGAUUCACCUCCAAAAGUUCCACGUAAUUAUGAUGAGGAGGAGGAAGGUUUUGAGAAUGGGCAGGAGCAGAAGGAACAGCAGCAGAGUGAAGAUCGGGACCAGGACCGUGAUGAACAUCAGGAAAAUGAUCAGGAUAGUGAUCGUAAUGAUAGUCGUGAUAAUGAAAAUGACCAGGAGCGAGAAGGGGGAAGUGAUCGCAGUGAGAAAGAUGAAUCUGGGAGUGAAAAUGACAAAAACAAUAGUGAUGAUCAGGCUAAUGAUAUGGAUAUAUCUACUUCACCAUAGUUAUCCCAUUUACAUUAGAUUUUUAAAUGGUUUGGUCAACAUUUUUGCCUUUUGUUGAUUAAUUGAGACGGUCUAUGGAAGACGGGUAAAAAUGCCAUUUUGAGUAAUUCACGUUUAAAGUUUGUGUUCCUAAAUUUCAGUGUAUUAGACCUUGUGCAUAAAAUAAACAGUAGUCUUAAUGCAUACUUAAACUCUCUAUGAAUGGUUUAAGAUAUGUAACCUUUGUUAAUUAACUCUAUAAUUGUCUGAAAAUUGUGAAAUUGAAAUGUACGUUAUAGGCCCUUCUUCCGUAGAACCAGUAUUUUUUUUGUGACACAAUGAUAAUUUGACACUUAAUAAAAAAACACAUGCCACUUUAUAUCAAUAGUUUAGCAUAGUUAAAUAUACUAAAACAAUGGCAUUAUAUGUCUUGAAAAAAUUAAAUAAUAAUACAUAAGCACAAAAGCUUGCUAAGAAAUAUUACAUACUGUAACAGCUAGAAACAGUUUACACAAACAGUGUUAGAACAACUGAAUGAAGUAAUAACAACUUGUAACACAGGUCUUAGAUACUGAACUAUGUUGGUAUAAUGGCAAAAUAAAAUAUGCAGUGCAGUCUGUUUCAUUCUGCCCGAUUCAUACAUAUCAGACAACAGCAUAUGAUAGAAAAAUGUUUUUGCAACAGUUAAACCUUAGAUUCACUAAUGCUCGCUUCUAUCCAGUGUGCGUCAGCCACAUCUAAAAACCGGUAAAGUGAUCUGACGUCACUGACAUUAGCAACAUUAAGUUCUGGAUAGGGUACUGCUGGAACUUCAACACACUUGAUUACUUCGACCGAUGUAGCUGUUUGCCAAACCCUAAAAGGUUUGUAUGUAGAAAAAUGGUUUUCAGAACACAGCAAUGUUCCAUCUGGUUUUGUUUUAAUCAUGACGUAUUUCAUCAAUGUGAACUUGUUACUCUUUGAUGUUGGUUUCUUUAAGAAGAAAGGAGUUAGAGCUGUAUUCCAGUCCUUUAACAGUUCUCUGUUCAUUAAGACACUAAAUGGGCAGGGGUUUUUCCUACACAUAACCAUGGCACUGAGAUAGGGCUUUUCUGUUCCUAUUACUUCUUUUUUACGAACGUUUUUAUUUACUAGCCCAAUGUUACGAUCACACUGGCAGUAAGAAUGGCCACGUAUCGGGAAGAUAUGGAUAAUAUCAACACCAUAGGCUUUGGCAAACCAAGAGCAUAACUUGAUGAUACCUAGUCAUGUUUCUAUUUUGGCCUCCCGCUGCAUCACUUAGGAAAACAAUAUGUUUAAAUUUUGGGAAUUCUUUAAGCUUUUUCUGUAGACAGUCCAUAAUAAAAGAAACCACAGAAUUGGCAUUUUUGUUCCCUUGUGUUUCCAUGAAGCAAUAACAGUGUGAUGUAUCAUCAUUGAAAACAUGAAUGUUAAAGCAAUACAGCCACAGAACACGUUUAUAGAACUGUGUGUUUUACAUUCAGGCGUGGAACAGGAAAGUUCUGAGAAUAGUCAAAUUCAAUGACGAGGUAUGAAGGGUCGCACGUAGCUCUAGCGAUGUAGUCUUUCCUGAUUUGCUGUCGUUUUUGUGCUUUCUUCAAAUGAAUCAUGUACAAUAUUUUACAUCCAUCAUUUGGAUUUAUCUUUAGCUUCUAAACACAUUCAGCACAGAAAUCACAUGUGUCAGUUUUUGGCCUGCGAAAAGAGAAGGAAAACUUUGUUCGAAAGUAAUGAAAGUAUGUUUUAUAGCUCAUUUUAAGGUCUUCACCAGACAGUUGCUUAUAGUAGUCAGAAAACAUGCAGUACAACUCUUUUAUUGACAGCUUUGGGUUUUCAAAGGAUUUGAGGUUAGAUUUUUGGCCACAAUAGUGAUUGCUGUCGUGUGGGAUGCAAUUUAAAUGUUUUCCCAUUAGUUCAGUAACAUUUUACUUAAGCUUGUGAGGCCUAUUUACAUGAGAUCCUCUUGUUUCUGCAAAGUCUCUGUUUUCCAAAAUUUUAUUUUGGAUUACACACAUUCUCUUUGCAGACACUUGCAAUAAGCUUAAAAGGAACUGCUUACAUACCUGAAUUUUCAAUCCAUCAAUAAAUAAGCUGUAUUUCCAUGUGUGCACUCUCAGCUUCUUGGGAUUGAUAGCCCUUUUAUUGCACCCUGGCACUGACCGCUCCAUACAUUUAAAAAGAAAUGAAUCCUGAAGUGAUUUCUCUUGGCCACUAUAAAAAAAUUUCUGAAGCUGUAGUUGAUCUUUUGGUAAUAUUUUCUUCGAACAUUCUUCUAAGCAACACUUCUUACAGCAGGUAAAAUCCUUACCAGUAACCACUUUACCUGUUUCUGUGAUGCACUUUUUACCACAAACUCUUUUCUUCUUUCUGUCUUCCCUAGUCUUGUUUUUCUGUAUCGUAUAAAUUUUACGAACACGUGUUUCAUGUUCUAUAACAUUAUUACUGUCACUACUUUCACAAGAUUCCAUUAUAAACAAUCAGGACUCAAACAAUAAACAUUUGCUGAGGCCACAGAUGUUAAGAAGGUAAAAUAUGUCAACAUCACUGUAGUUGCUAUGCCAAGGAGAAAUCAUACAUUAGGAUAAGACAUAGCACAAACAUCAUCAAAACAAAAGGGAAUAAAACCUUUAAUGUGUUUAUUUUGUGCCUCUGAUAUUGCCUAUGGAAAAAGGGCAUACAUAUGCAUUUAAAAAUUCAAAUAUACCAACCUAAUCAUUCAAGAUAUAUCAAUGGAAUUUACUGGACAUAUUCUUUAAAACAUGGCGGAUCCGAUAAACCAAUCUCCCGAAAAAGGACAUAAAGGUCUAUGUGCCCAUCUUCCGUAGACCGCCUCAAUUGUAUGAUCUUUUCAAAUACGUUUAAGUUAUAGUUUAUUGCUGUUCUACAAAACUGAAAUUUUUUUUUAGUAUCUUACCUAAUUUUAAUUUGUUUAUCUCCAUUCCUGAUUACUCUUUUUAAUACAGCCUUUAAUUCUUUAUUCAUACAGUACAGAAGAGAUUUAGAACAAUUAUUUUAAUACUAGCAAUAAAGUGUAAAUUUAUUACUGAAAUAUAGUUUUAUUUGAAAGUACAAAACCUGAUUUGGUUUGUAAACAGAAAAUAUUACUUUUCAUUUGUGUGCUGUUUGCAUGCAGUACCUAUUAAACUAGAACUAGGUGCAGUAGUGUAUCAUAUUUACAUGUUUGAGUAUUUGUAAGAUUUGGUCAUGUGUAGUUUAUUAAUAAAAUGGAUUUGACUGCUUGA